UAUUGAAAUUUAACUCUCAAUUUAAACAAAUUGGAGUUUGACUUUGAUAUGAAUGGAAUAAUUGACAGCCGUUGACCCUUUGGAUCAGGACUUUCGUGGAUGGUAACCACUUGUAACCAUUGAAUGGAGUAAUACUUUGGGUGAGUAUAUAAUAUAAGACCCUAAUUAACCGUUGACCCAGUUUCCCUCCUUAGAAUCACUCUCUCAAACUCGAAAUUUGAGUAGUUACAUUGCUGCUAAAUAAUGGCAAACACAGGAAAUCCAUUUCCUUAUCCAUCAACACUUAAUAUAGCAAAUUUUGUAACCAUCAAACUCUUUGAUUCUUCCAAUUAUGUGAUAUGGAAAGCACAAAUGCUUUGUCUUCUUGAAAGUCAAGAAUUAGUUGGUUUCAUCGAUGGAACAAUUCAACCACCAUUAGACAAGAUUACUGACUAUAAUGGAAACCAGGAUAAUAAUUACUUAAUGUGGAAAAGAAGUGACAGGCUUGUUAAAGGGUGGAUUCUUGGCUCUCUAACUGAAAAAAUGCUUGAGAAAGUGGUUGAGAAAAUCAGUGCUAGAGAUCUUUGGUUGGAAUUGGAGGAUAUCUGCUGUGCUAAGUCCCAGGACCAAUAUGAAGAAGCUGGUAGCACAAUGCAGCCAACAAUUGAGGAAGAAGAAAGAGUGGAAUCAGUGGAAGAUUACAGGCACUGUUUGACAUUAUACAGGGCUGCACGACGCGGGGAUUGGGAAGCCGCACAAGCAUUCUUACAUGAAAACCUGGAAGCUAAUAGAGUUGAUCUGAUCACUUCCUCAUUACAAACAGCACUUCACAUUGCUAUUGGUUUGAAGAAUGACAAUGCUUGCAAUUUUUUCAUUGAGAAUUUGGUGGAUUCCAUGUCGGAUGAUGCGUUAGCCAUACAAAACAGUUCAGGGGAAACAGCUCUUCAUUAUGCUGCUCGGUUUGGCAACUUACUUGCCGCAAAUAUUCUUGUCAAAAGAAACCAUAAUUUGCCUCAUGUUGCAUCCAACAAAGGCCUUUAUCCGAUACAUCUAGCAACUGAAUAUGGUUACAAAUCUUUGGAUAUGGUUCGUUACUUCUUCAGUGUCACCAAAAGUUCUGCUCCUUAUACUGGCAUUGCUGGUGCUAGGCUGCUUCGUAGAUUGAUUCGUUCCGACUUGUACGAGUUGGCUGUAGGUUUGGUAAACAAUUUUCCUGAUUUGGCCAAAUGUGGUUCAGAUGAAUUACUAUCUCCUCUGGCACUGCUGGCUACAAAGAUAUCAGUAUUCACUGGUGAAAGUCGUCCAAGCUCUCGCAAGCGAUUAUCUUGGAUCCAGAAGCUUCUUUUCAUUUCUUCUACCACAUUUUUGGAACCAGCGGUUGGAUUGAAACAGACUGGAUACAAAAACAAAAAACACCAUGAUGGAAUUAAAUUAGCAGAAAUCCUUUGCGAGAAACUGGAAAGUUUAAGUGAGAAGGAAAUCGAUUCUAUCGUAGGUGGUCCUCUCCUCCAAGCAGCACGUUUCGACAACUACAAGCUUCUUGAAAUUAUUGUGACAAAAUUUCCUUCAUCAGUUUAUUAUUGCGACACCAAGGGGAAGACUGCACUUCACGUUGCAGUAGAAAAUCGAUCCAGAAAUGUGUUUAAUUUGAUUUAUCGAAUGAGUGAGCAUAGACACAUCCUAAUGAGUUCAAUGGAUCACCAUGAAAAUACCAUCUUGCAUUUGGCUGGAAAAUUACUACCUGAAAACAAACUGAAUCGCUCUUUUGGCCCGGCUCUCCAGAUGCAGCAAGAACUACAAUGGUUUAAGGAAGUGAAGAAGGUCGUACCACCUUCUUACUAUGACAUAUUAAACAGUGAGGGCAAAACUGCUAAUGAAGUAUUUACAGAGAGACAUGUAAAACUAAAAAGAGAAGGAGAAGAAUGGUUGAAAGAUACAGCAAACGGAUGCUCGUUGAUAGCAGCACUUGUUGCUACAAUUGCAUUUGCAGCAGCAGUUACAGUUCCAGGCGGAAACGAUGAGGACAACGGGUUCCCCAUUUUCUCAAGAAAUGGCGCUUUCACCUUGUUCGCCCUUUCAAACGGAAUAUCCCUCUUCACUUCUAGCACUUCUUUAUUGGCAUUUGUUUCUAUUUUAACUUCUCGUAAAGCGGAAGAGGAUUUUCUGCACGCUUUGCCAGACAGUCUGUCUAUGGGACUUCACCACAUGAUUGCCUCCAUAUCAUUCAUGACCAUUAGCUUUUGUGCGACGCUGUAUCUUGUGCUCAUCGGGAAGAACAGAUGGCUUCUUCUUCCUUUGACUUUAUUUGCUUUGUUCCCUAUUGCCGCACUUGUGCGAUGGCUAUUCCCACUCUUUUCAGCUGUGUCUUCUUCAACACUUGUACUUGGCAUCUUUCGCAAAAAGAAUAAAGCUGGUUGUUCUUUUGAGGCAUAGAAGAAAUGUACACGCAAGUAUAUGCAUGAACUAUGCUGUCCCAUUUUCUGUCUAUGAUUUUGACUUGUAGGGUCCUGAUUGAAAUACGGCAUCGUGUAACAUGAUUGAUGUUGUCACCGACAUUGCUUUCUGACUCGGCCUUUGGAAAUGUUUCACCAACUUCCAGAAACUAUUGCUGGUAUACACAAUGGAUGCCUUGAGUAAUGAAGAACUGGUGAAUGAUAGUGAGCAGCGGACUCUUCUUAUCAACAACAGCAUAGGAAUGACAAAUCAGCAUCAUUUUGUUAUAUUUUAGAUUCAUACUUCUUGUAAGAACUUUUCAUGACACUAACAAUGUAGCUAUGUAACUUUCAGUUGAAUGUAGCCAGUUAUGUUAAUGGAUU